AUGAAUCUGCAGUAUUGUUGCAGAGCAGCCGGUGUGGGGUACUGUGGAAAGGUUACACGAAUCGAAACAAGAGGAACAGUGGCGAGCGAUUUAGCACUUGUAAAUGUGUGCCUCUCAGACUGUUGUCAUUAAAGGCCAGCGACCAGCAUUGCAAUAAAGGAAUCCUAUAAAGUCUGAGCAACGUUUGUCUGUUGCAAAGGGAGACGAAUUUCAAAGGAAAUCCACGGGAAAUACAGCGGUCAGAAACUGAUGCAGUCAUCGCAUGCUGCUAACCAUUACUCCAAAUACAAAACAAGCUGCUUUAACAGCUAUGCAGGACUAAGAUGCAGAAGAAGUAGGUCACUGACACGAAAUGCAUUUUGCUGCAGUAAAGGUGAGAAAGACUCAAGAAGUGUUUGAAGGACUGAAAUAGCAAUGGUGCACAUUGGUGAUCUUUCUCACCAACAUGCCAUAUUUAGCCAAACGAGAUUGGCCGGUUUAUUCUUAGCAGCUUGACUAAUCGAUACACAAUAAAAUCCGUUGAAUAAUUCAGGGUAAUAUUCAACAAAGCACAAACAUAAACGGGAAAGCAAUACGUUUAUGCUACCUGUAAAUACAUUUAAACAAGCGACCAUGGUUCUUGUGUAAAAACAUGAAUUUGCUUUGGAAAUGCCACGGGGUGACUAAUAAACCAUUGUAACAAAUACGGUUUACUGCAGUAAACAUCAUAUAUUUUCUAUAAGUUAUGUCUGCGAUGCAUCAGAAAAUGGACGAGUUUGUGCAGAUAGCCCCCCAUUCCUUGGCUAUAGUGCUGUCUCGGACUGGUGCUGAUGGCUUUCCUAUCGUGAGUGAGAAACUCCAGCAACACCACACAGGCUACGAAAUUUUCGCAGACUUCAAAGCAGAAAACAUGCAACAUUUCUGGAACAAAAAAGUUACCGACGCUGUCCCAGAAACGUUUUUCUUGGGCUGGAUCGAUGACCGUGUCUUGUUAAUCCAGGGCAAAGAGGACCACCUGGAGGUGUUGAGGGAGGGCUGGAUGAGGAGAUCGCUUAAACCGCCCCGAGGCUUCGAGAUCAAAUAUCUAGGUGAUGUGUCACCCAUCAGUAUGUCUCCGAUCAGCCAAUCACAGUUUAUCCCACUUGGGGAGAUCCUUUGCUUGGCCAUCUCAGCAAUGAACUCUGCAAGGAAACCGGUCACACAGGAGGCACUGAUGGAGCACCUAGGAACCUAUUUCCCAGGUGUACCCACGCCCAGCCCAGAAAUUCUACGACAUACGCUGAACAUGCUAGUCAGGGAAAGAAAGAUUUACCCGACUCCAGAAGGUUACUUCAUUGUUACUCCACAGACUUAUUUUAUAACUCCUUCUCUUAUAAGAACCAAUAGUAAAUGGUACCAUUUGGAUGAGCGGAUACCUGAACGACCGCAGCAGUGUACCUCUCCCCAAUCUGGAACUGUUACACCAUCCACCUCAGGCUGUGUGAGGGAGCGGGUUCACCACAAAAACCUCUGCGACUCCUACAACUAUUACCGGGACGACAUGAACAGCAUGCAUGCCUCCACCCUUCAGAGAAAGUCCCCCAAGGACUGCAAAGACUCUUACUGCCCUCCAUCUGCGUAUCAACCACCUGCUACCGAAAAGAGCAAGAGCACGAUCAACUUCUCAUAUAAGACUGACACUCUGAGCAAACACAAGGAAGGCGGCAGCAGUGGGGAGAAGCAGUCCAAGAAGUUUGGUCUAAAGUUGUUCAGGCUGAGUUUCAAAAAAGACAAGACGAAACAAUUGGCCACCUUCUCGGCCCAGUUCCCCCCAGAGGAGUGGCCCCUGAGAGACGAGGAUACACCUACCACAGUUCCCAAGGAUGUUGAGAUGGAGAUCAUCCGUCACAUCAACCCUGACCUAACUGUGGAGAAUGUUAUGAGACACACAGCGCUGAUGAAGAGACUGGAGGAGGAAAAGGCCCAGAGAAGCAAAGCAGGAUCCUCAGCUCAACACAGCGGCAGAAGCAAGAGAAGCCGGGGCCACAGGAAAGCCUACAGUAAAUCCCGGUCACACAGUAAAACCCGGGCAUCCAAAGGAGAUCCCUCAGAGGGCUCUCAUUGGGACCUAGCUGGUGAACGGGAUUAUGAAUUUUAUAGCUCCUCCCUCGUCAGGUCCCCGCGUGAAGGAAGCUUUUUAGUGGAGCGUGACAGGGAGAAUUUUAUAGUACACAGCAACCCCAAUAUUGUUGAGUCUCACUUCCCAGUUACACCUGAAUGGGAUGUGUCAGGAGAGCUUGCAAAAAGGAGGACAGAAAUGCCCUUUCCUGAACCAUCCAGGGGAACCUCGCACUCCAAGGUCCAUCGCAGCCACAGUCACACCCAGGACAGAAAAUCUCGGAAUGAAAAGUCUGACAAAGCCAAGGAAAGGUCACGCUCAAUGGACAACUCCAAGGGCCCACUUGGGGCUAAUUCUGUAGGCACAGCAGAGGACCAAGAAGGCUGCAACCCAGAUCACAGAGGACACGAUCAUUACUAUGUUGAUGAUGGCACAUUGAGACCUUCCCAGGCUUACCACUAUCAAAGAAUUUUGCUUUCUGCUGCUAACAUUAAUGCUGAGGCUUGUAUGCCUGAUAUAGUUAAGGGGAACUUGGAAGACCCUGCAGCCUAUAUUCCACUGGAACACAGCAAAGCCAGAGACAGUUUACAGGCCAACAGCAAGCUCAAACCUUCCUCUCCAAAGCCAACAGCGGACGAUUACAUUCAGUGCAAUACGUUAAAUGAAACCGUCCUCACUGCUCCCACUCCUUUAAGGAAACAUGACCAUGACACCUUGACCUUGUCAGACGGAGUCAAAAAAGUUUUCCCAAUAGACCGGCAGACUCCCACCCCCACCAGAGACGCCUGUGAGGUCCAAGAGGACACUACUACAAAGGGACAAAACGGCAUCAGUUUACAGGUGCCCAGUCCGAUGCCAGAACCAAUACCAAAUGGCCGUUUGAUACACCAACACAAUGCUGAGCCCACCACCAGUGACAAAAGGAAAGAGAUUUUUAGCAAAGACACUUUGUUCAAACCUCCCCACAAUGUAUUGACUGUUGGUUAUGUAGAAAACAGCUACCCGAAAUCUGGUACAUUGCGGAAAUCAGCAGAGGUUCUCAACUGUGAGCACUUUGAGCUGCCUAGUCAGCUCUCUGUUUCACCCAGCACCUCGGCACCACAGGGAUCCAAGCAGCCAUCUGGGGGCCAGGAAGCCAAUUUUGACUAUUACAACGUGUCGGACGAUGAGGACUCUGAUGAGGCAACGCACAAAAACACAGUGGAGGAGAAGACCAAGGAGGACGGCGGGACCAUGCAGUGGCUACUCGAGCGAGAAAAAGAAAGGGAUUUACAGCGGAAGUUUGAGAAGAACCUCACCCUUCUUAGCCCAAAGGAAAGUGACAACAAUAACAUCCAAAAGUCUGCACAUUCUGCCCGUCUAGACAGCAUGGACAGCAGCAGCAUUACGGUAGACAGUGGAUUUAACUCUCCACGCACUCGUGAAAGUCUGGCUUCCAACACCUCAAGUAUUGUCGAAAGCAACAGGCGUCAGAAUCCAGCUUUAAGCCCUGGUCACGGUGUAAGCAGCAGCACUAAAGCUUUUAAUUUCCGAUCCACUGCAGACCCUCCCACCACUGAGCCUGAGAAACUGCAGAAACCUUCAAACUGUUUAGCUUCAAUUACCAGUGUUUGAAAGAUGUCGGUCGCAAAGAUUCACGUUGCACCCAAGCUAAGUCGUGCACAAUGCUCAGACUGUUACACCAGAGAUGACUAAGGACUUCAAGGCGUUUCUAUGUGAAAAGCAUGUUAUAGGUAAAUCUUUACACUCACUAAAACUGAUGGUGGUUCCCAGGUUAAACAGAAAGUAAAAUGGAAGCCUAGCUGUUUUUCACAAAUCAUGCCUCAUUUGGGCUGCUGUAAAAAAUGUCAUAUUCACUUCCCAAUGUGGGCCAACAUUUCUUUUUCUUUUCUUUUUUUUCAUGUACAGUGCUUUACUUUUUGGGACCUGAAAUCGACUUUUUUUUAAUUUCAUUAUAUAUCUCUAUAUAUUUGUUAUUUUAUUUGCUUUUUUAUUGCAGUUAAAAAAAAAAAAUUCUCAGGUCUCAAAUAUCUAAACCCUAAUACUGACAGUUUUUACUAUAUGUAGCAGUUUAGUUUGACCAAGAUACACCAACUAUGUAUACUGUGGAUUCCCUGACUGUCUCAAAAUUACAGAUCUGAUUGCACCAUUGAAAGCUAAAAUGAGCUCCCUGUCAUUGUUCUUUGAUCAGUGGUUUGCUUGUAUGCAUGUUACUAAAAGCAGUCCAGCUGCUUCCGAGGUUGCCUGAAUUACUUGAUAAAAAAAUCCAGCUUAACGAACUGAGUUCUAAGAAGUUAUGUUUACAUAGGAUUCUGGUGUUUGGCACAUCACUUCCCUUUGAUGUAAAUAAACCUUAAGACAAUUGACCUACUGACUUCACAAUGAGUUCAAAGCCAGUGAAUGACAGGGUUUUUAUCUAAACAGCUAAUUAUUUGGUAGUUGACUCUGUGGGACUUUAAAGAAAUAUAAUUAACCCUUUUCCCCCAUUUAAACACCUCUGGCUGUCACCUACAACCCAACCAAAAUGACUGGUGGCAAACCAGCCUGCAAUUACGACUUGAGACAGCUACAGGGCUAAAGGAUGGCUAUCUGCUGUUAUACAGCUGAAAAUUUAUGUAAUCCCUAUGGCAGGCCUCUCUUUAUUUUGUUUUAGAAUGGGAUAAGGCUAAAUUUAUGAAAGCACACAGCAUGUUAUAAAUUAAAUUACUUCCACUGACUAACUUGCUAUUGUUUUCAAUCACAAGGAUACAAUGAUAUCUGUAUAUGUGGACAAUCAUCGUUACUGUUGGCUUUUGGCCCUGACAAUGUGUAACAGUAAAGUAAGACCUGUUUCUCUGAGGCAAAUUUAUGAAUGAACAUUUUUUUUCAUGUGCUAAAUUGUCUAGUAUCACUCUUAUCUGUUUUUAUUAAUCUGUUGUUAACUACAACUGGCUUGUGAAAUGUCCAAAACCUAUUUCCCUUCCAGAGGAGCGUGUCAGGGCUGCACAGAUUCAAACGCAAGGCUCACUGUAAUUCAGUUAUGAUUUUCCACAGUUUUAUUAUUAUUAUUAUUGUGCUACAUACAUACAUAACUACCUCCACGGCUUUUGUAAAAUUGUAACAAGAUGAGACUUGUGAAGUUUCUUUGCCUAAAAAAACUAGAUUUUCAUAUCAGCUCGUUUCCUUCCUGAAUGUUGGAGUUCUGAGAUGGAUCUUUUCAGAUGGCUUAUUCAACAAAAUCAUUAAAUCAGUGCUGUAUGUGACAACUUUAUUUUGUAGCGAACUCCAUAGGUUUUAAUUGAAUCCUAAACUGUUGGUCUAUAUAGGUUUUGUUGUAUUCUCACAGCAGCUACUAGAACUGGUAUAAAAAUAAGUAAAUCUCUCACCAUGAAUAUUUCCUAAAGAUGUAGGGCAGGAUUUUCAAAAACCGGUGUUAUUGUAUUGAACUUGUGGUAUAGUAACGAGAGCUUAGU